AUGAGCGCAAAGGUUGUUGAAAAUUAUUCCCUUCUUGAAGUCAUUGGUUCAGGUCAAUACGGUAAGGUGUAUAAGGCAGUGAACAUAAAAAAUAAUAGUUUAGUCGCAGUGAAAGUGGUCAAGAUAGAAAAAUUUAAAGAGGUGCCAAAAUUGGAGGAAUUCACAAUGAAUGAAAUCCAAACCUUGGCCAGAAUUAACAAUCCAUAUGUUGUCAAAUUUAUAGAAAUGCUUAAGAGUUCUCGAAAUUACUAUUUUGUUUACGAGUACUGUAACGGUUAAACUCUUGAGGCUGUGAUUUAAGAGCAAGGGGUUCAAACUGAAAAGGAGGCUCUCUAUUACUUCAGAUAAUUGGUUUAAGCAUUCCAAUCCUUAAUUUAAGACAACAUUAUGCACAGAGAUUUGAAACCAAGCAACAUUAUGCUACAUAAUGGACAGGUUAAGUUGGGAGAUUUUGGGUUUUGCAAAGCCUUGAAUUCUCCUCAAGAUUUAUCUUCAACUAUGGUGGGCUCUCCAAUCUAUAUGGCUCCAGAAAUAUUGAAGGGACAGGAAUAUUCAAUCAAGGCUGAUAUUUGGUCUUUGGGGUGUGUUUUGUAUGAAUUAUUAUAUGGAAUUUGUCCAUUUGAGGAGAAAACUAUGGCCUAAUUAAUGUUGGCUGUUGAGGAGAGGGAAAUUCAAUUCUUAGAUAAUGUUAACGUAGUAUCAUCAACAACUAAAGAUUUGUUAUAAAAGAUGCUCACAAAAGAUCCCACCAAAAGAAUUAAUUGGAAAGAAUUGUUUGAGAGGGAACUGACUUAUGCAGAGAGAACUAAAAAUAACGAAUAACAUGCCAAUUAGAUACAAUAGGAGUUAACCUUGAAUUCACAAAGGAAUAAGGAAUCAAAGGCUUUUAAGUACUUAUUGAUGGAGAGAAACAAAAUAUUUUAUCUGUACAAAGUUGUCGAGGAAGUCUUAGAGUUAAGCAAAGAAGAAAGAGAAGAAAGUCGAGAAUCUUAGAGUGUAUAUUGUGGUUACAUGAUUAUGAAAUAUAUCUGUUAUUUGAUAGAGAUGAUCAGAAUGAACUUGGUUGAUAAAUUCAAUGUUUCAGCUUUUCCUCAUCUUGUUAAGAAAUAGGAAUUGUAAAAUGAUAUUACAAAGACCUUUGAGUAUAAAAGCUUUUGCACUCUCAUCUAGAAGGAAGUAGAAACAGCUAGAAAGAUGUUUAAACAUUUUUAAGAUGAAGCAGACAAAUUUUAUAAGUCAUAAAAUAAUGGAUAACACAUUUAUUAGGGAACUGAGUUUGCUCAUUUCGAAACUGAACUUUAAAGGGAAUUGUCAUCAUCUGAAAUCUCAAUUACAUUUAUGAAAAAAAUUGUAUUAAAAUAUUGUGAAGAUUUAAAAAGUCAGUAUUUACAACAGUUUUUAGAUAAGAAUCCUCAAUUGGGUAGCAAGUAGUUGUUGCAUAUUGAAAAAACUUUAGAAUCUUUAAUUUUAGAUGAAUUUUUUGAAAAUUGCAUGGACAUCCAACAGAUCGAUUUGGAACAACAAAAUUAUUUUUCAAUCCUUAAUAAAUAUUCAAAAGCAGAUUUAUUACAAGUAAUCACCAACAAGAUGGACUACAUUAGACAUAAAUUAUAUAAAUGA